AUGGGUAUUUCGGAGAAGAUUAAAGAGAUUGAGGAUGAGAUGAAGAGGACGCAAAAGAAUAAAGCCACAGAAUAUCAUUUGGGUCUAUUAAAAGGAAAACUAGCACGACUGAGAGCGCAAUUGUUGGAACCUGGUCCGGGAUCUGGAGGCGGUGGUGGGAGUGGAUUCGAUGUUAGUAAAAGCGGAGAUGCAAGAGUAUCACUCGUCGGUUUCCCGUCUGUCGGAAAAUCCACCCUCCUAACCAAAAUCACCAAAACCCGUUCCGAAGUCGCCGCCUACGCCUUCACAACCCUCACCGCCAUCCCGGGAGUCCUCGAAUACGAAGGUGCCGAAAUCCAAGUCCUCGAUCUUCCCGGAAUCAUCGAAGGAGCCGCCGAGGGCAAAGGUCGAGGACGACAAGUCAUCUCCGCCGCAAAAACCUCAGAUCUAAUAGUCAUGGUCCUCGAUGCCACAAAAAAGCUAGAACAACGUACACUACUAGAAAAGGAAUUAGAAGCCGUGGGGAUCAGAUUAAACCGAGAACCCCCGAAUAUUUAUUUAAAACCGAAGAAAUCCGGAGGCAUGAAGAUCAAUUUUAUGAGCCCCCCCAAGUAUUUGGACGAAAAGAUGAUUUAUAAUAUUAUGAGGGAUUAUAAGAUGUUGAAUGCGGAGAUUUUGGUUAGGGAUGAGAAUGCUACUGUUGAUGAUUUUAUUGAUGUCAUUAUGGCGCCGAAUAGGAAGUAUAUUAGGUGUUUGUAUGUGUACAACAAGAUCGAUUGUAUCUCAAAGACAUACCUCAACCAACUAGCCAGAGAACCACAUACCGUCGUCAUGAGCUGCGAGUUGGAUUUGGGGAUUAAAGACGUCGUAGACAGGGUCUGGGAGGAUCUGAGGUUAUUGAGGAUAUACACCAAGAAGAAGGGAAGCGCCCCAGACUUCUCAGAGGCAUUGAUCGUGCGAGACGGCAGCACGAUUGAAGAUGUGUGCGAUCAGAUCCAUAGGACUAUCAAGGAAAGGUUUAGAUAUGCGCUUGUGUGGGGGGCUAGUGCUAAACAUUCGCCGCAGAGGACGGGGUUGAAUCAUUUGGUUGCGGAGGGGGAUGUUGUUUCUAUUUUUACGAAGUAG